CUGCAGAGACGUUGCCUUUAACGGCUCCCACCGGGUCCGGGAUUUUAAUGCCUCCAUUUUAUCCCGUUAGAGGCACCUGCUCCUGACCUCCCUGGCACCCAGUGGGUUAACACUGCCAUCACUGCACCUGCACCUGGACCUGUCCAUCCCUGGGAGCUGGGGCUGUGCAGGGGCUAUAGGAGGGGGCUACUGGCACAGUCAGGAUGGUGUCCUGGAUCAUCUCCCGGCUGGUAGUGUUGGUGUUUGGCACUUUAUAUCCAGCUUAUUCUUCAUACAAAGCCGUAAAGACAAAAAAUGUCAAAGAAUAUGUAAAAUGGAUGAUGUAUUGGAUUGUGUUUGCGUUUUUCUCAACAGCGGAAACACUCACUGACAUUAUCCUCUCCUGGUUCCCGUUCUAUUUCGAAUUAAAAAUUGCAUUUGUAAUAUGGCUGCUCUCACCGUACACUAAAGGCUCUAGUGUACUUUAUAGGAAAUUUGUCCAUCCAACGCUCUCCAGUAAGGAAAAGGAAAUUGAUGAAUAUAUUGCCCAGGCAAGGGACAAGAGUUAUGAAACAAUGAUGCGUGUUGGUAAAAGAGGUUUGAAUAUCGCUGCAAGUGCCGCCGUAACUGCUGCUACCAAGGGACAAGGUGUGUUGUCAGAGAAGUUGCGCAGUUUUAGUAUGCAGGAUUUGACAUUAAUUCAGGACAAUGAUGCUGUCCACAUGCAGAGCCCAGAACCUCGGUUACGCAGCGCUUCCAGUGGGCUGGUGGAAACAAUCGCGGAUCCAGUGCCAUCAAUUUGUACAGCUCCUGAGGAUCCGCGACAGAGUGCAAAAUCAGACGGAGAAAUGUCAGAUGUGAAAACAGAACAGUCAGAUGAAGACGCAGUUGAAAAAGUACCAAAACGUACCCAAAGUGUCAAGAGUGUCAAGAAAGUUACAAAAGUAGAGCCACAGCCCAAAAAUCUAAAACUGCGCCCCAAGAAGAAAGCAACGGGAACUACUGUGUCAGGAGAGUCCGCAUGAAGACUGCAAGCUACUGUCUGUGUCUGUUUACACCCUAUGGUACACUCUACUCAUUUGAUACUCUCUGGAGGACCGUGAGCAUCAGAAGAUCCAAUGACUUGGGAUCCCUGAUCUAAGGGUUCAGUAUUUGCUAGAAAAUAUGUUUAUUAAUAAACUAUGUAUAUUUUAAUAAGCCACUUUGAGAUGUGUUAUACACCUCGUAUUAUGCUGUGCUGGAAUCCACUUUAAAAAAAGCUUACCUUAGUUACACUUAGUAGUGGUCAGGAAAACAAUAUAUUUACAAACUGUUAUAAUAACUAGGAUUGUAACAAUUUCAUUUAUUGAAAGGAGAGAGUUAUUAGGUAUGAUAUCUGCUAGACUGUCAUACAUCAUUUUAAUGAAACUAUCUGCAAUACUCAAAAUUGGAGCUGUGACACGGUUUUGAUCUGAGAUAAUUAUUAUUUUAUUUAACAAAUGUUAUUUAACAUAUUUGCAAUGUUAAGUAGCAUAUACUUAAUAUUAGUAUAUAUUGCAGUUUUGCAGUUCAGUACAUAACUUGGUAAAAGUGGGCUAAAUAUCUGUGUUUAUGCAGGUCUUUCUACUCUGGAACGUAGACAAUGGAAGGCUUCUUAUAAUACGUUUAAUUUUGUUUAAUUCUUUUUGGUUUGGUUGCCAAAACUAACAAUGUGAACAUACUGUAUCUCUGGGAAAAGCUGGAGUGUACGUGAAAUUGAAAACAAUUGUAGUUAUUUUUCUUAAUUAAGGAAGGUUCGAGAGAUUUCCGCAGUUUCGGACGUUCGUUCCAAGUUCUGGAGCGUCGGUUGACAAACUAAUGGUUUACUUUUUAACUCAAAGGUUGCAGACACCUAGGCUACUACUAGUUUAGCUAGUGUUCGAGACUUACUAUUGUGCAAGGGGUGGUGACUUUGAAAUGGUGCAACAGGAUUUGAAAAAAUAAUAAAGUAUUUCUUUGUGCAGAACAGGCCUGCUGGAACAAAAACAACACGUUGUCGAAAACCUGUCUUCAUUAGGCUCCUGAUAAAUAAACACUUUACUUGAGCAAACUGACUGGCCGAUAAAACAAUUAUCUCUGCUUUCUGUUUUAUUAUUCCAGAAGGCUCUAACCAAGCAGCUGCUAAGGCGAAGUGUGUUGAUUGAAAGGUCCUAAUAGGAACUUUCCUUCUUACAAAGAAUGUGUUGAAUACAUGUCUCUUACUGUAUUGAGCCAUAUGUUUUUCAACCUUCUUCUAACCACCAACCACUACUAACAGAUCAUUCAGGCCAUGUACAGCUGUAAACACCUGCAAUUAAACUUGUUUUAAGCCCCUCUGCCCACUUCAGAGGUGCCCCAUGGCAUACACAGGUUGAUAAACUGAGCAUGGAUGGCAACUGUAAUUCCUGUAUAGAAAAUGAUUCUAAGGAUACACCACAUUGAAUCAAUACCCACAGUAUGUCGGUGUAAUUAUCACACGAACACUCCUUAUAUGAUAGAACUGCGUUGCAGUGUUUAUUGAUUGUAAAUUCUCAUCAAUCAAUCCUGAUAACGGACAGGUUCAGCAAUUUCUGGACAGUGAUUACAAGAACAAGUAAAAAGAUCUACUUUAGGAUGAAAUGAUAAAGAGUUCUUAUAUUAUUUUUAUAACCUAUGGAAGUCUUGAAUACCUCUUAAUUUACAUUCCUGAAGGCCCCUUUGUUGCUGGUGAGGUUAGGUCCAAUCAUUUUUGAAGUCUGCAAAUCUCCACGUACAGGGAUGAGAUUUCAUUUUUCCUGACUUUGUUUAAUUUAUUUAUCAGGAAAUCAUUAUGCAUAUUCCAUAAUACAUUCAUAAAUCUCAUAACAUAUAUACAUUCCUUUAUUAUGUCAGCCUUUAUUGAUUCCACUGGAAGGCUUUUCCUGUUAUAUACUACCUUUUCAGUCAAAGGGAGUUUCCCCACAUUUUUACCUCGCUCUUCCAUCUUUCAACUUAAAUUAAGGACGUAGUCAGGAUGUAGGGAUGACAAAAACAUUCAAACUAUAAAGAUUACUCAAAUUGCUUAGCCGUGGUUUAUGUAUUAAUUUUUCAGGUUUACUUUACUUUGCUAGGCAACCAUCACAUCAUUUAAAUUGUAAUUUAAGAUAAAGUUGGGCAAAGAGAAGACACUCAACAAUUGUAGAACCACAGCCCCACGCCAGCCCUCACGGCUGACAAAGCAUCAUGGGAGAUGUAAUUCUACUUCAACUGAGAAUAUAAGUGUAAUAUCUCCCUGUAAAAAAGGCCUUAAAAAUGCUAGUUACCUGAGGUGCUUGCACAUAAGCAAACAAUAUUGCCUUUAAUGCUUAAAGGGCACUUGCAAACUCUUAUUUGCACAGUACCCAUCUUUUAAAGUUAUCUGACUAUGUUUACGUAUCCCUAUAUUUAACAAAGAUGUGUUGAAGACCCCUGAAAACAAAUGUAGAAAUCCUCAUAUUUUUAUCCCGCAACUGGGUGCCUCCAUCUUGGCUCCCUGACAAUCAUUGUUAUAGGUACUGUACUUUACACCUGGCAGU